CUGUUUGCCGGGCAGAGGGGCGGAGCCACAAAGCCAACAAUUGUUAACAGGCCCAAUGGAAGAUGACAAUCAUUGACAAUCAGCCAAUAGGGUCACAGGGGGCGGGGUCAGACAUGAUCUACACCAUCGAGGACGUCCCCCCUGGUACCUGUUGUAUUCUGCUGGGAUUACAGCACUAUCUGACGUGCUUCAGCGGCACGUGGCCGUCCCCUUCCUAUUGGCCGAGGGCCAUGUGUGUGGGGCGGGACCAGAACACCGUCAAGCCAGCUAGGUUGGGAACAAUCUUCACCACGGUGGGGAUCACGACCCUGAUCCAGACACACGUGGGGGUACGCCUCCCUCUCUUCCCGGCCAGUGCGUUUGCCUACCUGAUUCCAGCUCAGGCCAUCCUGGGUCUGGAGCGCUGGAAGUGUCCCAGUGAGGAGGAGAUUUAUGGGAACUGGAGUCUCCCUCUGAACACGGCUCACAUCUGGCAACCCCGCAUCAGAGAGAUCCAGGGGGCCAUCAUAGUGUCCAGCUGUACGGAGAUUCUGAUUGGGCUGUUUGGGUUGCCAGGUUUGCUGCUGGACUACAUCGGCCCACUGACCAUCACUCCAACUGUCUCACUGAUCGGCCUGUCUGUCUUCAAUCUGGCUGGAGAGAAGCCGAGGUCUCACUGGGGGCUGUCCGCGCUGUGUAUUCUGCUGAUCGUGCUGUUUUGUCAGUACCUGAGGACGACAUCACUUCCUGUUCCUGUUUGGAGCAGGAAGACGGGUCUGAGCUCCACCAGAGUCCAGGUGUUCAGGAUGUUCCCUAUCAUCCUCGCCAUCAUGAUCGUUUGGCUCGUCUGUUACAUCCUGACUCUCACCGAAAUGUUGCCUAGCGACCCUGAACGCUACGGACACAAGGCUCGCACAGACGCACGGGGGGAAAUCAUGGCGUCCUCGCCGUGGUUCAGAGUCCCUUAUCCCUGUCAGUGGGGGUUGCCAGUGGUAACGGUUGCCGGGGUGCUGGGCAUGCUCAGUGCCACCAUGGCAGGAAUCGUGGAGUCCAUCGGGGAUUAUUACGCCUGCGCCCGCCUGUCUGGAGCCACGCCCCCUCCAGUGCACGCCAUCAACAGGGGGAUCUUCACUGAAGGCGUGUGCUGCGUCAUCGCCGGCCUGCUGGGGACAGGAAACGGCUCCACCUCCUCCAGCCCAAAUAUAGGCGUGCUGGGAAUCACCAAGGUGGGCAGCCGGCGGGUGGUGCAGUACGGAGCCUUCAUCAUGCUGCUGCUGGGCUCCGUGGGGAAGUUCACCGCUCUGUUCGCUUCGCUGCCGGACCCCAUCCUGGGGGGCAUGUUCUGCACCCUGUUCGGUAUGAUCACAGCUGUCGGGCUCUCUAACCUGCAGCUGGUGGAUUUGAACUCGUCCAGAAAUCUUUUUGUUCUCGGGUUCUCGAUGUUCUUUGGUCUGACUCUGCCAGCGUACCUGCACACACACCCCUCCUCCAUCCACACAGGGGUUGCAGAGCUGGAUCAGAUCCUGACGGUUCUCUUAUCCACAGAGAUGUUCGUCGGAGGUUUUCUGGGUUUUUGUCUCGACAACACAAUACCAGGGUCCCGGCAGGAGCGAGGCUUGGUUCAGGGCCGAUGCUCUUCCUCCUCCUCCUCCUCCUCAUCCUCCUAUGACCUUCCUUUGAUGAUGGACGCCAUCAGAAGGUCCCGCCUCCUCCGCUGGCUUCCCAUCAGCCCCUCCUUCAGGGGGUUCAGAGCCGCCAGCGCCAACCAAUCAGAGGGGGAGGAAGGGGUAGAGGGGCAGGAAGGGGGAGAGAGGGGGGGGGGGAGGGGGAGAAAGGGGCGAGAAAGGAGAGAUGAACCCUCCUGGUCCUGAGCAGGAGUCCAACCUCUGAGGCUCUGUUACAUGAAGGCUCAGGUUAACCCUGUUUUACUGUUGAAAUGUUUUACUGUUGAAAUGUAAUAAAUGUUUAAAUAUAAAAAUGUUUUAAGAAGAAGAGUGUGUAGAUCUGCAGGUCAGGAUUCAUGAUUCAAAGGUGUUAUCAUCAGAUGCUCAGCAGCUACAGUGGAGACGCAGAGACGCAGAGACACGGAGACACGGAGAAAGGAAAUUCUCCUGACCUGAGCUCCUCCAGCAGAGCAACAAAUAGAAUAACAUACAGAAAUACAAUAAAAAAGCAGUGCAAGAAGUCUGUAUCCAUGUAGA